UCGACGCAAUCCCGGACGAUGACGCCCGUCCAGCUCAGCGUAGGCGGAUGAACACCGGUCUCCCGCAGGCUGUCCCGCAGGCUGUCCCGCAGGCUGUCCCGCCCGUUGCUGGUCCUUCGAGACAAGAUCCAAUCGUGAUAUUCGACAGCGAUGAAGAGGUUGAGAGGGGGCUUUUUGCCGAUACCCCUCCUCGACGUCGCCAUCUCCCAGCUAAUGUGCGACGUCUCGAACGACUUCCUUCUCAUCGUGAUAUUCUUAGGCCACAGCGAUACUCACCUCCGCCGGCCAUCAUCCCCAAUGCACAACCUUUCGGUUUCGAGGCGAUGCUCAACAGACCUCCGCGUCGAUCCGCCGCGCCCGUCCCCGCCCCAGCGCCACAAGCUGCUCCACGCUCUCACCACCAGCCCGCUAUGGGACUGGGUGGUGGCAUGAUCGCGAUGAACCGCCAGGCUGCGGCGGAAGACGCCUAUCGGAGGCGCCAUCACCCGCCGCCAUUACCACAAACUCGCCGCACAACUUUCUACGGCAAUGAGCAGCCCAGUCAACGUACCACCGGUUUUGCCGGUAGCGUCGUUAACGUCUUGCGUAAUCUGUUCGGUCAUUCCGGUCAUCAGCACCAGGAGGAGGACCGGACAUGGAUCAGCUACUUCGAUGACCCGUGGGGUCAUGAAGAAGCGGAACUUGGCAGGGGUUGGGAUAUACCUGCCGAAGGGGGAAUUGCGAUGCCCCCUCCUCCUUUCCCGAAACCCAAGGCCACCACAUACGAGCAGUCGUACACGCACCCCGGAUCACCACCGCCUGGGUUCACAUGGGAUUUUGCCGAUUCCGACGUAUCCGGAAACACAGCGGCACAAUCAUCCAAGAAAGUCAUUGUUCUCGAUGAGGAGGGGGCAGUCGCGUCGAGCAGUUCACAGUCCGCUCCUCAAACGACCGCCACGCUUGUGUGCGCGCGGUGCAUGGACCCGCUUGUCCUUCCCGCACAGGCGGCGUCUACUGAAGAGAAUAAGGAGCGGAGAGUAUGGUCGCUCCGAUGCGGUCACAUGUUUGACGGGAAGUGCAUCACCAACCUCAUGCGGCCAUAUGCAGAGCCCGCUGAGGCGAAGAUGGAGGUGGACGCCGGCGAGACACUCGAUGCCAAGCUCGUGCCUAUCGUUGACCGCAAGGGCAAAGGCAAGGCUUCGGACCAUCUCGCACCCAGUACCAUCCUUCCUCACGAGGAAGACGGGUCCAUACGUUCGCGCCUUCGCCCACGUCGCGUUGUCGGCUUCAGUCAUGAUCCUGGUGUCGCGGUCCAGAGCCCGUCCCAAUUGCCGGAAGAGGUAGAAGCCUCGUCGAGCUCGCGAACGUUGCGGCCGUCUUCAAAACGUGCCAGAGGUUCCAUUGCAGAAGUGCCGGGUGCUACCGUUAAGGGCAAGGGCCGAAAGAGUCGUCGGCAGAGGUACACUUGGAAGUGCCCAGUCCCUGACUGCGGCCUGGAGCAUGUCAGCGUUCUCCCGGCCGGCGAAGUUGAAUGGUUGAUGGACCCUCACAAGGGUGCGAUCCCAUUGUUUGUCUAAUGACCUUAUUUGUACAACAGACACAAUGUCUCCGGCGUUGCGCUUCGAAAGGAUUGAGUGUUUUUGUGGACUGCGUUGUUUGUAUACUCAAUCCAUUCUGCUG